UUGCUUAGAUAUUUUAUCAUACCUGUGUUGCUUACUAAUACUAAUUUUAUUUUAUUUUCUGUAGCUUGAUUUACUUACGAUUUACCUGCGAUUUACCUGCCUUCAACUGCGACAACCAAAAACGGUUUUUUUUAAGACCAACCCUGAUUCAUCUGCCUUCAACAGCGACAACAAAAAGCGGUUUUUUUCAAGACCAACCCUGAUUCAUACUGCCUUCAACUGCGACAAUCAGAACCGGUUUUUUUUAAACUAACCUUUAAUUUAUAAAUAACUUUUGUUUGUUUAAUAUUCUUUUAAGUUUUUUUUUUAGCAACGCGUCCUGAAAUGGCGCUGAGAGAUCAUGAUUAUGUCAUUGCAGGCAACCACGAUGAUGAAGAAGUUGGUGUUCCAGAUGUAGCAGUAAUUUUGCAAGAUCACGAUUAUAUCCAACAAAUGCCUUUUGUUGAGAUUGGGCCCCAACAUGAAGAAGAAGAUGGUGAAGCAAAUGAAGAACAAGAACAUGUAAUACCUGGAGAACCACAAGAAGAGGAACAACCCGUAGAAGAAGAUGGAGAACCCCCCUUAGUAGAAGAAGAAGAUGUAGCUGUAGUUGCAGAUGUUAUAGUUGAAGGAGUACCGCCUGAAACAUACAGAACACUCCCUGGAAUUCGACGUAAUUCAACUAUCUAUGUAGACAAUUUGAAAUUCAAAUACUACAAACGUGAGCUUCUGGUCAACACCAUUUCACUAGUUUGUGAGAGGCAAAAAAACCGCAGACAUCCAAUGUGUUAUGGUACGGCAUCAGUAAGUAGAGAUAUUAUGGACAACAGAAUUUCACUCAUUAAUCCUCACAACCAUCGGGCCGACGAUAUAGACUUACAUGUACCAUACUUGAGAGAAGCAAUUGGUAAUAAGGGACUUGACCCAACCAAUACAACAGCAUCUGUAAGAACUAUUUACAACAAUGAAAUUAUCCAACAUGCGGAGGCCGCUUGUAAUUAUACUCAUCUACAAGCUGUUAGAAGAGUAGGUGCGAUGAGAAGUUUGCAACGACCAGCAAUACCACAAGACAUACAUGCACUUGCCAUAACAUUGAAUAAUCCACAAUAUCCCGCCUAUUCUCAAACAUUGCAAACGCCACCUUCAAGAUUUUUCCAGCAAGAGGUAGUCAUCAAUGGAAGAAGUGUAGGAGUUGUAUUUGCAAACAGGGUUGCAAUAGAACUGUACAGAGAAGAUUUAAACUCUGUGACUUUGGUUGGUAUUGAUGAAACAUUUAAAACUGUACCUAGUCACCCAACCGACUUAAAAUGUCUUUUGACAUUUCAAAUAGUAUACAAUAGUGUUGCAUUUCCAAUGGUGUAUGUACUUUUGGGGAGUAUGACUGAAGAGACAUACUGUGGUGUACUUAGAAUUAUCAGACAAAUGUUACCUUUAAAUUACGACAGAGUUCGGUUUGUGACCGAUUAUGAAAAAGCACUGAUGAAUGCAGUUGAACAAAUUUUUCCAACAAGCAGAUUAGUUUGUUGUUGGUUUCAUUUCACACAGAGUAUCGUGCGAUACUGCCAUAGAAAAUUGAACAAUGUACUAAAUUUAAUCCGAACGCAUGAAGAAGCAGCUAGAAUUCUUAGAAUGGUGAUUUUUAAAAUUUAUAUAUGA